AUUUUAGAUUUUCAUGUGAUUAGACUAUGUCAGUCCUCGUAGUAGUUACUGUUUUAGAAGGUAAACAAUUUCCGUCAAAGCCAAAGUCAGAACUCCAAGUAACUUGUAAGUUUGCAAAUGAAGUCCUGAACAGUGAUCCCGUCUCCCAUGUUUCAUCUCCGUACUUCAACACCGAACUUGCUUGGGAACUCACACGCAAAACUCUUCACCAACACAGGUUGCAACGGACUCCCUUGAAACUUACCUUUCAAGCCAAGACGGGUACCAAUACAGAGGAGGUGGGCCACAUCAUGCUGGACCUGCGUUCCAUCUCAAACCAAGGUGGGGAAUACAAGUGGUACCCACUUUCUCGCAACAAAUACAAAACUCACAAACCCCAAGUUAGACUGAUGCUCUCAACUGAAGAUCCUGAUGGAGAAAUGCAACCGGAGGCAGAAGUUGUCCCCAAGAAACUGUUUGUUUCACUAGACGAAGCAGCAGGGUGUUACCAAGUCGGAGAGCCCUCUAACUCUGACCCUCUUUACAAUCUCUCCCUCACUAUCAUUGCAGCCUCUAAUCUCAUCAGACUUAUUGACAGCACCAAGCCGGCCGCUUUUUCUUUCAGAUUUAAUCUGUUGGAUAACAUCAUAACAAACUCUUCUUUUGUUAACGCUGUAAAGCCAGACUUUCCCAUCGAGAGGGUGAGUGUGAAGUUGCGUGGUUCUCUCGAAAAUGUUUACAAGUACCUUGCCUCUGUUAAAGAUGUCUCCCUUCAACUAUGUCAAGGACCAGAAGUGGUGGGUGUAGUGAACAUGCCCUUUACCAAGCUGCUCACUGCUGCUGAAGAUACUGAGAGUGUGAACUCUCUACAUGCUUGUCUGUAUCUCCAGCAUCCUGCACUGGGAGACGUGAUGGGAGAGGAUAGACCAAGUGUAGAGGUGCACUUCACACUACGCGAAGAGAGACCCCUCACCCAGCCUCCCCCUCCGGCUCCUGCGCCUCGCUUGUUAGAUGAUACUGACGAGAUGUUAGCACCAUCUACAGAACAACUUGACGCUGAGAUGCGUGCAUCUUCUCCCCCUCUUUCUCUUCUCUCUCCUUCUCCUCCUCGCUCUCCUGUAGCUUCUUAUCCUGGGGUGAGGGUCACACAAGGAGAAAGUAAAAUGUGGUUAUGUAACAUACGAUUAGCUAACGCUAAGAUAAUGCCCAGUGGUAAGAGGUAUAUCAGAUACGUUUACCCAUAUUUCGGUACAACAGCCCCUCACUCUACUUCAGUAGUACACUUCAUAGCAGGAGAUUCCACCCCACUUCCACCUACUGCUUGUGAAUAUUCCUUUACAGCUGAUACAGAAAGUGUGGUCCAGCAGUUCACAAAAGUGCCACUUGUUUUACAAUUCUGGAGUAAAACGAAUGAAGGAGAAGAUUUAGAGGGAACAUCAGUUGUACUAUUAGCUCAGCUUCUAAAGGGAGGAUUGCAACAGAUGUCAGGGAAGAUAAUAUCAAAAUCAGACGAGAAGGUUAUCGGGGAGGUGCAGAUAACGGGUUAUCUUGAAGAUAAGGGUAUGACUCAUCAACCCGUUGGAAAUAAACCAAAUUCUAAACCUCUCAGAGCUGAACCAAAUUCUAAACCUCUCAGAGCUGAACCAAAUUCCAAACCUCUCAGAGCUGAACCAAAUUCCAAAACUCUCAGAGCUGAACCAAAUUCUAGACAGCGCGAAGUAAGUUCGGAAGAUAUACCAGAAAGACAGCAGGAAACUUACAAAGUUGCUUUAGAGUUAGAGUUGUGGAAAGAAAUGGAACAGGAGAAAUUCAUCAAAGAUCUGGAGCUGAAAGGGGAGACGAGAAUGAAACAGAUAACUGCAGAGUGGAAAAAAAAGGAAAUUGAGCGCGAGGAGGAAGCAAGAAGACAAGUAUCAGAAUACAACAAACUAAAGGGGAAGAUGAAGAUAGCGCUAAAAGAUCUGGAACUGAGAGAAAACCAACUUUUGGAACAGGAACGGAAGUUAGUGUUAUCACAAGAAGAUAUGGCACGUGAGAGGACACGUUUAACAAGUGAUAUCAGAGAGACUAGUCGCAGAGUUGAGGAGGAAUUCGAGCACAAACUCAGUCUACAGAAACAGAAACUAGCUGCUCUAGACAAGCAGAACAGGGAUCUUAGAGCACAGGUAGAGGAAGCAGAGGCUCGGCUAGAGAAAAGAACAGCAGAACUAGUCGCGGCUAGAGAGGCUCAACUCACUGCACCUUCUACUAAAAUACAGGCUCAGUUAGAGAUACUCAAAAUGGAGAAGGAUGAAAUGGACAGGAAGAUAACGUCUCUAGAAAAAGCUAAGCUGCACUACAAAGAGAGUUGGACCAAAGCUCUCAAAGAGCUCAUCAACGUGAGAGAGCGAGCGCAGCAGGACGCUAAAAGACGACUACAUCACGAGCAAAGUCUGAUGGAACACGCCAGACUUCGAUAUCUCUCAUUAGAGGACCAGAAGUUGAAAGAUAACAACAGACUGGGAGAAGAUGUUGAGAAUCUGAAGGGGGAGAUAAACAAGAUGAGGGAUCAUAUUAUCGUACCACAAAAAGAGAGUACAGAUAAAACUCUACCUCAAGAUAAGAUCGCGCUAGGCAGGCUGAUAGAAGAACGAAACUCGUUACUGAACACUGGAGUGUACACCAAAGAUGAUCCCCUGAUUCAGGAACUCAACAACAAGAUCAACCUUCUCCAAAACCCUUGAAAUGUUUCCGGCUAAUUAGUUAGUUAAUUGAUUAAUUGAUUAACCAAUUGAUUUUUUGAACUGGGAGAACUGAUUGAUUUUCAGACACUAAUUUAUGCGGACGCCUGGCAAUAAUAUCUGUAAUACGAACUUGGUUUGUGAAGUGGUAAAGACAAUCCCGACAGAUUUGGGUUGAAAACGAGCUUAUUACUUUUGACAGAAUCUUUGUAUAGAUUGUAUUAUAUAUUAAUUAUUAUGAUGUUUGACUUUCGUCUUCAUAGCCACUUUAUUUGAUCGUGACCAAUAGUAUUCCAUCGUACUUGAAGUUAUAAUUUGAUCCAUUUAGUUUAUUUGUUUUCGUGAAGUUAAAUGUGGAUGAUCUUGUUACGACUUGUUAGUAAGAUUAAUAAUGAUACUUUUCUCUACUAGUAUUGUUAUCGCUAUCCUACAAUAAACUGUUUUGUGACCUAUUUAAAUAUCAUUUUGGAGCUGAUACUUUAUGUUUACAGAUUUAAAAUUCA